AUGUUCUCCCGGCAGAAUCGGGGUUCUUUCCGUGUUGUAACCAUUAGGUACAGCAAAAAGCCUUCAAUCCUAGGCAUAUCCGCCAAAUUUCAGCGCAAACGGGCAGGAAAUUUCCUAGGUAAAGGCUGCGAGAAGGCAAACAAGAUUCCCGUUGCUACCGGUACAACCCCAGAGUACGGACGGGUCCGAAUUCCCUCCAUGUUUAGCGAUGAUAUUAAAGCAAUUAGUUUUGUUCAUUUUUCUGAAGAAACACGUAUGAUCGCCGAAUUAGGUGGCCGGUUUCGUCGAGAUAGUUGA